UUUUGAGUACGCAUUUCCAUUUUGCGGACUUGAAAUCAUCCUUUUUAAGUUUAAGCAUGGCAUCAGAAAGUGUUGGUUCCGACAAAGUCAAAUGUUUCCAAACAGAGAAAGGAUUUAAAGUGGAGGAAAAUGAGGACUUUUCAAUAUUGAAUCAAAGUGAUGCCAUCCCGAUUGAUGCAUGUCACUUUAGAAAGGUGAAGGCGUUUAAAUACAGCUUUGGCGAAAACAUUGAGUCAAAACAAGAACAAUGGAAUUCUGAUAACAUUGUAGAGGAUUUGGAUGGAGCUGAUUUGGGUUUAAUCGACUUUCGAAAUACAGACACUGAUUUAGCAGCUCUAAAGUGCACCAGACAAAGCAGUGUUAUUAAUCUAAAAGAAGAAAAAAGUAAAAAGCAGCCAAAAGUAUGGUUCGAAAAUAUUGUUACCGACAAUUUCACACAAGAGAACGACAAAUUACCCCAAGAAACACCAAAAGGGCUAAGUAAAGAAAAAUUGCAUCACAAGCAAGCUAUUGCAGAUGAUGAUUUUCAAUCGUGCGAACAGCCACAGUUUCAGAAAGAAGAAAUAUGUAUUGAGAGGUCAUCAGGCCUAAAUAAAGAAUACCUUGCCAAUCUGGCCAUUUCACAGAUUAAAGGAGGUUUUAUUAAGCAGGAAACGGGGCAAAAAGACAGGGUGCUCGUUAAUAAUCACCCAAUACCAAACGAAGGAGAUAUCGUCAGUUUGAAAUUAAAAAGCGUGAAAGGACCAAGGAAAAUAAGGGAGAUUGGAAAAGGAGCAUUUGGAAAAUGCUUUCAAAUUGAAUUUCCUUUGAAAAAUGGUGGAACCUUAAAUUUUGCAAUCAAGGAGAUUGAAAGUAUAAGAAAAAACAAUCAAGAGGAAGAGGAAAUGAGAAAGGAAUUUCAGAUGCUUAGAAGACUUGAUCAUCUGAAUAUCGUCCGAUGCUUCUGGGAUUAUCUUGAUAAUGGGCAAGGAAAAUACUGCAUAGCCAUGGAAUAUAUGUCUGGUGGGACUGUCAGUCACUUUGUGCAUCAGAACACGAGAGAAAUGACAGAUGACCGUAUUAAAUAUUACCUUGUUCAGAUACUAGAUGGUCUGGCAUACUUACACUCUUUGAACAUACUUCACAGAGAUUUAAAAGGAGAGAACUUGCUUCUUUCUGAAGACUCAUAUGACUUGAAAAUAUGUGAUUUCGGCUGUGCAACUGAGGUUCAAGAUAUUGUCAAUGGGAAUAAAGAUAAGCAGCUUGUAGGAACUGUGCCUUUUAUGUCGCCAGAGGUUAUUCGGGACCAUUUGUAUAGUGCUGCAAGUGAUGUUUGGGGCGUGGGCUGUUGUAUUAUACAAAUGGCUACAGGCAAACUACCUUGGGACGCUAGUGGCUACAAAAACGAAGAGAUGACUCUUAUAUAUAAGAUUGGAAUAGCUGAAAAUCCACCGCCGAUCCCAGCACAUUUGUCACCUUCAAUAUAUGAUUUGACAAAGAGUUGUCUUCAAAUUGACAAACAGAAAAGACCACAAGUGAAAAACUUAGUUAUCAACAAAAUCUUCGAUGAUUUACAAAAGUAAAGCCAUGCGAUUUUCAAGACAUACAUAGAAACUGUGAACAUUGGAAAAACGACAACAAAGAAAAACAACAUCAUGAAAAAAAAACAGCAACAAAAAAACAACAACAAAGAAAUCCCCCCACACGC